AUCAUGAAUUCAUAUAACUCCCACUAUAAAUUAUCGUGAAAAAAUAGGCAAUAACUAUUACCUUUGCUAAUAUAUUCACAAAUCACCACUUUAUUACUCUUUAUUUCUAUUUCGGUAUGAGUAGCCGUAAACGACCAAAAAGAAAGACAAGGCCACCAAAGAAACCAAACGCUGUGUACCAAUUUACUGACAGUUGGGAUAUUUUAGCUCAGGCUAUUCGUGAAAUUCAUAAAAAAAAUGCGUCGAUCCUAGGUUUUGAAGGACUUUAUCGUGUUGCAUUUAGAAUAGUGCUUCAUAAAAAUGGAGACAAAUUAUAUAAUGGUGUAAGAGAAAUUAUUACGCAGCACCUGGAAGAAGUUGCUGUCUCUCAAGUUGUACCGGCCUUCCCUCUUUCAGGUGCAAGUAGUUCACAAACAAACCCUAAUGGAGCUGGUAGGGCAAAUUUCCUGAAAGUAUUAAAAACUGUUUGGGAGGACCAUAUUACAUGUAUGCUUAUGCUUAGUGAUAUUUUAAAGUAUAUGGAUCGGGUUUACGCAAAACCUGCAAACGUUCCUCUUGUUUAUGAUCUUGGAUUGGAUCUAUUUAGAGACAUAAUCGUCCGAUCACAGAAUUAUCCAAUUCAGAAUCAUCUUCUUGAAGUACUUUUACAGCAAAUUAUGCUUGAACGAGAAAAUGAAAUUAUAGAUCGUACUAAUGUGAAAGCAUCAAUUGAUAUGUUACUGGAGUUGACUGACGCGUCGACUAAAGAUACAAUUUAUGCAAUUGAUUUCGAAAAUAAGUUCUUAGAAUCAAGUUCGGAAUAUUAUAGAGUUGAGGGACAAAUGCUUGUGGGAGAAUAUGAUACUUCAGAUUACAUGAAAGAGGUAGAUAAGCGACUGAAUAAAGAAGAGCAGCGCGUAGGCCAUUAUCUUUCACCGACUACAGAACCAAAGAUUCGUAAUAUUGUAGAAGAGGAGUUAAUUUCAAAGCAUCUUAAGACAAUAAUUGAGAAAGGUUUAAUUCCUGUGCUAAGAAAUGAAAAAAUGAAUGAUCUUGGAAGGAUGUAUAAAUUGUUCGGGCGAGUUGUAAAAGGUCAUGAUGAAAUGAAAUCUGCUAUUAGUGAUUAUAUACGUGAACUUGGUAAAGCGAUUAAUGAAACAGUAACAAGUAAUACAACUGCCGAAGGUGGUAAUGCUGUAUCUGUUGAUAAACAAACGGAAGUUACUGUUGCUUUAAGAUGGGUACAGAAGGUUCUAGACCUUAGUGACAAAUUCGAUAAAGUUCAGAAUUUAGCUUUAUCUAAUGAUGAAACAUUUCAAACAUCUUUUAAUGAGGCUUUUGAAUAUUUCAUUAAUAAGAAUCCAAAAUCACCCGAGUUUAUAUCAUUGUUUAUUGAUGAUAAUCUUAAAAAAGGAUUAAAGGGGGAAACGGAAAAAGAAAUUGGUAGUGUAUUGAAUAAAGCUAUUACAUUGUUCCGCUUUGUUGAAGAAAAAGAUGUUUUUGAACGAUAUUACAAACAACAUUUAGCUAAGCGUUUAUUACUUGGACACAGUGUUAAUGAUGGUGCAGAAAAGCGUACGAUAAGUAAACUCGAGAUUGUGAGCGGUUAUCAAUUUACCACAAAACUAGAGGAGAUGUUCAAUAAUAUGAGAAUAUCAUCUAAUACAAUGUCAGAUUUCAAGGAGUAAUUGGAUAAAUUUUGUUUCAGAAAUAUAGCAAGCUUUUUUAAUAUAAAAAAGGAUAAAUUUGAUACCGUAAACGGUGGCUAUAGUACCCCUUAAAGUAUAGUACCCCUACUCAUAAAUGUGAUUUAGUACUAUACAUGAAAAAUUUUCGCUUAACAUGUAUUUUAUAUUUGCUUCUUGGGGACAUUAUGCUUAAAAUUUAUUACGAAAUACGAAUACAAACAUU